AUGGAUGCCGACGACCAGGACCGCGGCGAGUCUUCGUCGGCUCUACCGUCCCCGACCGACACCCGCGCGCCCACUCGCUUCACCUCUCUGGCUGGGGGCCGCGAAGGCGACAACAACAGCAGCAACAAUCUGUCUGAGAGCUUCCAGUCGACCGACACGGGCUCCUCCCAAUACUUCGACAACUCCUCAACACCCACCCAAGACCGGCCUCCGCAACGACUUGGAAAUACGCCGAACCUUGCCGCGGCCCGCUCGCCACUUCUCGGCCCCGACCGUGGUCGCUCACGACCUCGCAAGCCCGCCUUGUCACGACGCGCCUCGAGCAAUGUCCAGGCACCCCACCGUGGCAGCGUGUUCUCGGUUGAUGACGCCCCAAGCGAGGUGCAGGCCGACGUGGCCGAACGGCAGAACACUUACGCGCAACCCACGACACUACGCCGCCGUGGCGUCGUUGGUACUGGUGCGCCGCUAAGCCGCAUACACUCCAACUCUGACAACAUUGACCAGGAGGGCGAAGCAGCGGUGGGCCCUACCUCCACGACCUCGAGAUCUGUGACAACGCCCUACAGCAAUGCCAACCCCUCCGAAACGGGAUUUUUCGACUCGACAGGCAUCGACGCCGACGGCAACGGCAACGAGGACGAUGACGAGACCAUCGAUCGCAGCUUCGUGAUCGACCGCAGCAAUGCAGGCGACGAUCUCGACGAUGAGGACCGAGACGGUAACCACCACGGCGGUGACGAUGACGAUGACAAUGACGACGACAACGACGACGAUCUCAGUGACGCCGAGAGCUUCACGCUCAAAGACCGCCAGCAGGCCAUCAACGAGACUCACCCGUUUGGUAUCCGUCUGUGGAAACCUGCACUAUACAAGAAGGACCGGUCCGUCCAGAAGACAGCAGAGGGCGACAUUCACUCGUCGCCCGGCGGCCAUGUCCACAACUGGCUGCUCUUUUUCAACAUCAUGUGGACUCUGUGCUUCGGAAUGUGGCUAGCGCUGCUGGCCUUCUUGGGUGCUGCUGUCUGUCUCAUCUUUGCCGGCCUGCCGAGCGGCCGCGAAUACGGCCGUGUACUCUGGGGCCUCUCCGGCUAUCUGUUCUAUCCCUUUGGCAAGUUUAUCCGUCUCGAGCAGCAGGAGGCGUACCUGGACGAGGAUCUGGGUGAAGGCCGCAGUAUCAGCGAGUACGAACAGUGGCAGAACGGUGACCUUGAGUACGGCCGCCUGUUUUUCGGGCCUGAGCGCAACCGUUCCAUUGUUGGCCGCUCGCGCCGCAGUUUUGACUCCAUGCCGAAUGAGACCGACAGCCUCAUCCAGCACCGGACAUCGGUUACCCGUCACCAAGGCCGCUACGACGGACACGCUCACGCCCACGCCGACAGUAGAGGACACGGUGCUGACGACGAGUACGACAGCGACGACGAGGACGCAAGCAGAGACGGUGAUGCUGAACUGCCUCGCCUCAAACGUCGCCUGUUUGGCCGUGGGCAGUGGAACAUUGGCCGCGUCAUCUUCUUCUUGUUUUUCUACAUCCUGAUUACACCCGCUCUCUUCAUCGUGUCGGGUAUCUGUUGGUUCCUCGUCUUCUCCAUUCCCAUGGGACGCGUCACCAUCCUGCUGUUCGACCACCUGCGGCGGCAUCCUCUCGCCCUGACCUUCGAGUCGGACAUUGCCACCGCACGCGCUCCCACAGCACCCCAGUCGUCCAUUAUUGUGUGCACGUACCGGGCGGUGGGUGCCAAGUACUGGAAGUACACCGUCGACGGCACAAACAUCUUCUUGAUCAACCUGAUGGCCGUGGUCAUGUUUGUCAUCUUUGACUGGCUGGUCCUCGACGGCAUCCUGCAUUUGGAGAGCUUUAUCACGUCGUCCGCCUUCCUCUUCGUCGCCGCCCUGCUCUCCAUCAUCCCGCUGGCGUACUUCAUUGGCCAGGCUGUCGCCUCCAUUUCUGCCCAGUCGUCUAUGGGCGUCGGUGCCGCGAUUAACGCCUUCUUUUCCACCAUUGUCGAGGUGUUCUUGUACUGCGUGGCGCUCAACCAGGGCAAGUCCCAGCUCGUCGAGGGAAGCAUCGUCGGCAGCAUUUUUGCCGGUGUGCUGUUCCUGCCGGGCUUGUCCAUGUGUUUUGGCGCCAUCAAGCGCAAGACACAGCGGUUCAACGCCCGCUCGGCCGGUGUCACCUCCACCAUGUUGCUGUUCGCCGUCAUCGGCGCCUUCAGUCCCACUCUCUUCUACCAGAUCUACGGUACGCACGAGCUGAACUGCCUGGACUGUAUUAACAAUGGCGAUGGGGCCGGUGUGGGUGGCGGCGAUUCUAGUGAUUGUCGCCGCUGCUUCUUUUCCCAGACACCCUCCAUCGACGACCGUUUUUACCUGGAGGCCGUUCGCCCUUACUGCUAUGUGGCCGCCAGUCUCUUGUUCCUGUCGUAUGCCAUUGGUCUUUGGUUCACGCUGCGUACGCAUGCCGCCGUCAUCUGGAACACGGAGAUUGAAGAGAAGCGCCAGGAAGAGCUCGCAGGCACGGCCCCGCGUCAUAAUAUGGCGUCGACCGCCGUCGCAACUGGCGCAGCUGGCGCAACUGGCACGUCUGGUGACGCCACUGGUGUGGACAUUCGCGACUCCCACCUUUACCGCCGUAUACUAGGCCAGUCUCUCAAGCAGGUCGGACUGCAGCCGCGCCAAGACGGCAGGGCGAGUCGGGACGCCUCUGUCAGUGGCCCAAGUGGUUCUUCUACAGGCAACUGCGAUGCUGGUGCUGCAGCCACAUCCGGAGGCAAGUCAUCGUCCACCACGGCCAAGUCGUCGGGGGCCACAGGCACGACGGCUGACGACGGUCGCUCCUCUGUGCGUAUCGCCGGCUUUACGGAAGCCGAGAGCGACAACUUGGUGCACCAAGUGGCUGAGAUGGCCGCUACAGCGGCUACCAUCGCCGCCCGCGAUGCACGGCUUCCUCGCCGCGCAUCGGCUCGCGGAGCUUUUCCCACGACAGGCACAAUUGGUGGCGGAAGCACGGCCGGGGGUAACACCAUCCGCACCAACACCGUCCGCACGGCUCCCUUCCAUGACCCAUACGAGGGUGGUGCCAGCCUUGGCGUUGUUACGGGUGCAGCUGGUGAGGAGCCGGUGGCCCCCGGCGGUGGCGAGGCUGGGCACGGCGGCCACGAUGCCCCCAACUGGAGCCGGCGAAAGUCGGCCGUCAUUCUCAUGUGCGCCACAGCCCUGUACGCGGUCAUUGCCGAGAUUCUGGUGGACUCGGUUGACUUUGUCCUCGACGGGUUCUCGAUCGACCAGAAGUUUUUGGGCAUCACCCUCUUCGCCCUGGUGCCCAACACGACGGAGUUUUUGAACGCCAUCUCCUUUGCCAUGAAUGGCAACAUUGCCCUGUCCAUGGAGAUUGGCUCCGCCUACGCGCUGCAAGUGUGUCUGCUGCAAAUCCCAGCGCUGGUGCUGUUCUCGGCCAGCUUCCCGCCACCCGCCAACCUGGGCGACGACUUGUCCCGCUUCACGUUCUCUCUGCUCUUCCCACAGUGGGACAUGGUCACAGUCAUCCUGUGCGUCUUCCUCCUGAGCUACAUGUACGGCGAGGGGAAGAGCAACUACUUCAAGGGCAGCAUCCUGCUGCUCAGCUACCUGGUUGUCAUCGUCGGCUACUACUUUAGUGGCUACACCAAUCUCAAUAUGGAUGUCAGCACCAGCGGCCUGCGUCGCUUCGACACGAUGGGCCUCGAUGGUCAGUACAUGCCGUACAGCAAGUCGUUCAAGACAGUUGGCCGCAGCCGUAUGGGCGAGGCCUUUUGA